GAUGAAGGAGAAUUGGUCCCCAUUGCUACACUGAAGCAAAUGCUUGAUGUUCAGCAGUUCAUGCUUAAAACGCUUUUUGAUUCCUUUAUCUCCACUGUCAAUGCAAGAGUCGAUAAGUUGGCAGACUCAGUCGCGUCUCUCAAAGCAAGCCUUGAAUUUACACAAAAGGAUGUCGGAGAUUUGUCGUCCUUAAAAUCGAAGCUCGUGGGCGCCGGAAAGGAUAUUGUUGAAAUCAAAAACACUGUGGAGUUUCAGGGAAACAAAAAAGAGUACCAGGAAAACCAAAGCAGACGGAACAACAUCAGAGUAUUCGGUAUACCAGAAUCGGCUGGCGAGACUUGGGAAAUGGCUAAAACGGGAAUGAGGGACGCCAUCAAGGAGAAGCUCAACAUUGAAGUUGACAUCGAGCGCGCUCACCGUGUUGAGCGUAGAACUUUCAACUUUCAACUUUAUUUCAUAAGACUAUUAGUUACAAUAGACUGGCCCGCAAAAUAGCAAUUGCUAAUCUAGGCGGACCAGUUAAAAGAAAAAUAAAUUGAAAGGAAAAGAAAGGAAAGGAAAGGAAGGAAAACUACAAUUUUAAGUUACAAUAAAUAAUAUUCUAUCACUACACUGGGAAGUAGUAUAUAGUGGACACCGAAUUAUUAAAUUGGCCAUGAAAGAGGGCUAAAUUGCCUCUAAAAGUAAAGUAAGGCAGCUCUUUGAGUGUUGAUCUUUGAGCUUUUUCUUGGACCUUAUUUCUACGGCGUAACUUCAUUUUAAGCUAAUUUAAGGGAUACAGCGAAGAAGGUUUUCAGAAUUACCCCGCUUAAUGCAACUCUAUUAUCUCAAAGUACUUAGCUUAUCGUGACUCCCUCAGUUCAUUUAAUUCGUCUACGCUUGUUAGCUUUAUGACUGUUGAUGUUUCCGUUUUGCGCAGACAGACAGCUCCGUUUUUCGCCCAACAGAAUUUGAAGUUAUUGGCGUCCUUGUAUUUCUUGCUCUCGAAGAGAAGCUCCUGUAGUCGAGGAGUUAGAUGAUCAUACAAGUUAAUAUGACUGAUAUCAAAAUCGUCAGGGAAGCCUAACUGUGACGCCUCGAGGUUCUCCAAUCUCCUUCGCGCAGCCAUAACUUUUCCCUUUGCCAGUCUUCGAGUAAAUUUGCAAACGAUAGCAUUCGGCCUGUUCGAGGCAGAACGGCUCGGUAUCCGAUGAGCAAUAUCGAUGUCGUUAAGCGAAACAUCUUCAACUCCAAGGGCUUCAAACAUCCUGAGGCAGAGAGCUACAGUUUGAUCGGAGGUUUCAUUUUGCGUUGCAGCUGGCAUACCCACAAUUUUAACAUUAAACUGGUAACUGUAUGCUUCAAGAGUGUCGAUGGAUUUAGCAAUUCGGUCGCAGAGAAUGGAGAUUUCGGCGACUCUAGUAAACAGUUGUUUGAUUUGCUUCACCGCUUCGUCUUUGAAGGCGACAAGGUCGUCAUAUUUACUGGAGACGAAUUCAAGCGAAUUAGCACCUUCUGACGACAUUUUCUUCUCGGCGUCCGGCUUUUCUGGAAAUUUUCUGGAGUUUUUCUUUCAAUUCAGCUAUCUCAUUUCGUAAAGAUUGAUUUUCCUUCCUCAGCUUUUCAUUCCCGGUCAUAAUUGGCAGAAGAAAGGCUCAAAUUCUAAUCUUAGCUCGGAGAGCUCUUAAACACACGUCCGACCAGUACAAGCACCGCACCAGUCUGGAAGAAUCAAUCAAGUCUGGAGGAAUCAAUCAACACCAAGCUGAUGCAAAGCCUAGAGUUAUUGUGUGCCGACUGAGUAGUUGGAAGCAGAAAGAAGCUGUAGUAAGAAAGGAAAAACCAGAAGGACUGUUUAUUUGCGAAGAUCUUUCGCAAGCGACGCUUGAAAAGAUGAAACCUCAUUUGGAGAAGCUCAAGGCGGCCAAGCAAGCAGGAAAAUCAGCAUAUUUUAUCUUAGAUCGCUUGAUCAUUCGUGAU